CACACUAACAAUAAUAUAAUCUUCAUCCCAACAUACAAUUAUUCAUUGAGACGAUAAAAAAUAUUAAUUCUCAUUUUUUUCUUCUUUUUUUCAUUAACCAAAAUCUCAGUGGGCUCCAGUUCUCCACUGCUAUAAUAUAACUACUCAUCUCUCUCUCUCUCUCUCUCUCUCUCAAGACUUCAAAGAAAGACUCUCUCUUUCUCUGUCUACUUGAUUCCUCGGAAGCGUAGUCUCAAAUAUAACUUCUGCACUGCACCCAUUGCUCCAAUAUCGGUUGGCUUCACGGAACCGCCAUUAUGGUCGACGUGGACCGGAGGAUGGCCGGGUUCAAGCCAGCCCACCUAGCCGGCCUCCGCCGCCUCUCCGCCAGGGCCGCAGCAUCCACCCCUUCCUCCGCCCCCGCCACCGCCCGCACCGGUCUCCUCUCCUUCUCCUCCCUCGCCCAACAAGUCAUCGCUCAUUUGCGCAAGACCGGCGUCGAAGUCCAACCCGGCCUGUCCGACCCGGAGUUCGCCCGAACCGAAGCAGAGUUCGGGUUCACCUUCCCCCCGGACCUGCGGGCCAUUCUCUCUGCCGGCCUGCCCGUCGGCCCCGGGUUCCCCAAUUGGCGCGCCGCCGGAGGAGCUCGUCUCCACCUACGGGCGUCCAUCGACCUCCCCGUCGCCGCCAUCACCUUCCAAGUGGCCCGAAACUCUCUCUGGUCCAAAUCAUGGGGUCCCAGACCCUCCGAGACAGAGGCGGCCUUGCGGGUGGCGAGGAACGCCCUGAAGAGGGCGCCGGUCCUCAUUCCGAUCUUCAACCACUGCUACGUGCCCUGCAGCCCGGCCUUGGCGGGCAACCCGGUCUUCUUUGUGGACGAGGACCGGAUAUUCUGCUGCGGGUCGGAGCUAUCCGACUUCUUCGAGAGGGAAUCCCUGUUCGGAAGCUCCCGACCCGACCCGAAGGUCCUCAGGAAGCAAAGGUCCGUCGGGCCGAAAUCGUCCGGGUCGUCACUGUCUGACUUCUCCAAUAGAAGCUCCGACGCGGCCUCUGCUGCAGCCAAGACGCCGAGGUGGGUGGAGUUUUGGACGGAGGCUGCCGUCGACCGCCGCCGGAGGAACUCCUCUUCUUCAUCUUCGUCGUCGCCCGAUAGGUACUUCGACAUGCCGAGGUUCAAGAGCCCAAACUGGGUAGGGGAGUACAUCGAGCGGAUCGGUUCGGUCCUGAGGGAAGGCGGGUGGAGCGAGUCGGAUGUAUCCGAGAUCGUCCAUGUGUCGGGGUCUGGUUUCUUUGGAGCCGAGAUGGUUUUAUUAGACAACCAGGCGGUUCUCGAUGCCCUGCUCUUGAAAGCGGACCGGUUCUCGGACUCGCUUCGGAGAUCCGGGUGGAGUUCCGAUGAGGUGUCCGAUGCUUUCGGGUUCGACUUCCGGCCCGAGAAGGGGAAGAGACCAACCGUGAAGCUGUCGCCGGUGCUUGUGGAGCGGAUAGGGAAACUGGCCGAGUCGGUUUCCCGGUCAUAAAACCGGCUUCAAGAUUUUUUUUUUUCCCCUCUCUAAUUUUGUUUUAUUUAAGAAAUUCGAGACCUCGGGUUUGGGAUUUUGAGGAAAAAGAAGAUGGGAAAGUGGGUAUAUUUGUGGGGAGAAACGAGGUUGUACUGUAAUGUGGAAAAAUUGAGGUUUAUGAAAA